AUGUCUAUCAUUAAACGUGUGACGCACAACGAGACAACAACUCCCUUUUAUCUUUAUGAUCCCUCCCUGGCAGUGGCAAUUGUUGCCGCUGUCUUGUACACCAUUGCUUUUCUGUUGACAACUAUCCAAUGGAUCCGGUACAGGGCCUGGGUCUGGAGCAUCAUGGUGCUAUCGGCUGCCAUGGAAGCAGUCGGUUACAUUGGCCGAUGCGUCUCGGUCCAAAAUACGUCAGAGAGGCCCGUUUACGUGCUUCAAUUUGCCCUCAUCAUCCUUGCACCCGUCCUCAUGGCAGCGUGUUGCUAUGUCAUCUUCGGUCGUAUUUUAUUUCUUAUCGUUCCCCAAGAGGCACGCACGCUUCGACUAUGCUGGGUACCCCCCCGAUUUAUUACACCCAUCUUCGUCGGGUGUGACAUCAUUGCUCUCCUUCUUCAGCUUGGCGGUGCGGUGAUGAUCUCUGCGGUUGAUGCCAAAGACAAGGAUGCAAAAAGUAAACUUACCACCGGAAAACAUGUUGCACAAGUCGGUGUCAUCAUUCAGCUGGUUGCCUUUGGCUUGUUCGCAGUCGCAGCUGUCCGUUUCAACUUCACAUCCAAGCGUUUCAGCGGGUCUCUGAGUGAGAGGUAUGAGAAUGUGGGAGAAAAGAAGUGUAUCGUUGGUGGCAUCGUCAAAGAUAAGAACUGGCCUGCUCUCUUGCGGGUAGUCAACCUUACCACGAUUUUGAUUCUUGUUCGAUCUAUCUACCGACUUAUAGAGUUCACAGAAGGCACGAAGGGAUAUCUGAGCACAAAUGAGUGGCCCUUAGUGAACUGCGAGAUCACCAUGGAGGGACUAUUCACUCUGCUCGCCCUGAGCAUUGUGAUGGCAAUUACAUCUUUUGUCGUCGGCUCAUUACCUCUGGCUUUUACGCUGUCCCCCUCUCAACUCCGCUUAAUAUCAUCCAUUGGCAUGGGAGUUUUAGUGGGGACAUCGUUGAUCGUCAUCAUCCCCGAGGGUAUUGAAACUCUCUACAGCGCAAACUCCCUCACUCGUAAGCAACACAACACACGGGCUAUCGCUAUCGAAUGGGAGCAUCAGGCCCCGGCCGUGGCAGCCACCUUUGGCCCCAACGGAGACAGCGCCUCAAACCGACCGUCCGAUGCCCCUGCCGCAAAUCUCCUUUCGAAAAGAGAUCAACUGUUCGAGUCGCAAACACUUUAUGUCCGAGGCGAGGAUUCGGCGGAUGAAACAACGGGUAAGGAAACAACUCACGGAGAGGAAGAGAGCUCGCCACAUGCAUGGGUCGGAGUCGCCCUCGUCAGUGGUUUCAUUCUCAUGUACCUGGUCGAUAAACUGCCCGAAUUCGCAGCGCCGACCAAGAACGAACGAAUCCCUUACCACAUCUCCUUGGACAACCUUGGAUCCGGGCUGCGACGGGGUUCUUCCCCCUCUCGCGAAGGGGGACUCCUUGAUGCGAACCACGCGUCCAGACGUGGCCACAGCUUUGCGACUACGACUGGCCUAGUGAUCCACGCCGCGGCGGACGGUAUUGCUUUAGGUGCCUCUAGCUCGGAUGCCGGGCUCAGUUUCAUCAUCUUCUUGGCGAUCAUGGUGCAUAAGGCUCCAGCGUCCUUCGGAUUGACGUCCAUCCUACUCAAGCAAGGAUUGUCAAGUCGCACCGCCAGGGCGCACUUGCUGGUCUUCAGUCUGGCAGCUCCUUUCGGUGCCUUGGCCACUUUCCUCUUUGUACAGAUGAUGGGAUCUUCCAGUGCCGAUGGGGCAGGCACUCACUGGCGCACUGGAAUGCUACUGCUUUUCUCUGGGGGUACCUUUUUGUAUGUUGCGAUGCACACCAUGCAAGAAAACGGCCCGGGCUCAUCCCCACGUGAACUUCCCAUCAACGGAUAUGGUGACCGAGACCAGAAUGCCUCGGAUAAGUCUAUGAGAGACUUGAUUGCAUCUGUUUUGGGCAUGAUCCUGCCGCUGUUCUUGCAGAUUGGACAUGCUCAUUGA